AUGUGAAACCUUUAAAAACAGAACAGAUUUUAAUCCCUCCAAGGCCUAGUAAAUUAUCUGAAGUGUUCAAACGAUAUUUUUUUUACAAAUAUGAAAUAAAAUAGUGGCGAUCUACUCCUAUUAUUGAUAACUCAUUACUCUUCUUACAAGAAAAAAAAAGCCUGCAUAUAAAACAAUGAAAGUUUAGAAGGGUAGUUCUCUUUUACAUAUUGGUGUCCUUACAUAAUUGUUAAGUAACUUUCGAAGCAUCCAUAGAAGCUUUUGAAAAUAUUCAUGCCAAGUUGUCAGAUUAAUUUAAAAUAUAAACAGAUAUUGGAUACUUGAACAUUUAUCCAAAAUAUUUUAUUGGACUUAUACUAAAUUAAAUUUCUUUUUUAUAAUAAUUCCAUUCUCAUCUCGGGUGCUUUAUACAAAUAAGUAAGCCUUAAGUGUGCGUCUUCUCUCUAGACGAAUUUUUGUGGGAGGUGCUGUACUUUUGCCGACGGCGAAGGGUUUGCAGCUUUUUUAAUAACUGCUUUCAAUCAACGUUUGAUUGUAAGGUGACACAUGCUACACUGAAUCAAUAAUUUCCUAAAGGUAAUAAACAUUCACAGGGAAUAACUAGAUCGUUCGUUCAAGCUUUCGCAAAAAACUGUUGUCUAAAUUUAGCUUAUCUGUGUUACUAACUGCUUAAUGACAACAACUACAACAAAGGAAAUGACAAUUGAAUUCCUGCACUCGGCUGUAUCAGGUCCUCAAUCAUUCAUCUGGCUAACCAUAAGCAAACCACUUCAGUUUAGUUCCAAAGUAAAUCAUAUGGAAACAGAAAUAUUCUACGAAAACUGCUAUCAUCAUUGUCCUCCUACUUCAACAAACUGUAAUAAAUGAAUUAAUUAAAUUAAAAAAAUAAAGAAACGAUAAAGCAUUCACUUACUCUAACUUCCCCCAAAUCCUCCGAAGAAAAACAGAGAAAAGAAAAUUAUUGUCGUCAUUAUCGGUAAAACAGUCGAUAGACAGACAGCAUGGAGAAAGCAAAGCAGCAUUAUAACCCUAAUCCGAUGAUGAAAGCGAAUUUUAUUUCCAAGUUGUUCUACUGGUGGCUUAAUCCUUUACUUUCUCUUGGAUACAAAAAGACACUAAACCAAGAAGACUUGUUUAAUGUUCUCAAUGAUGACAGUUCUGAUAUUUUAAGAGAAAGACUUACAAGUGAAUGGGAAAAAGAAAUGUUGAAACUGAAGCACUCAGGAAAACCUAGUUUAAGCUGGGCUAUUUUUAGAACUGUAUAUAAAAAAUAUUUUCUCUGGCUGUGUGUGGUUUCCUUAGAUGAAUUUAGUAAAGUGAUCCAACCUCUGCUGUUAGGGAAGUUGGUUUCAUACUUCACUCCCAACAGCCAGAUGACUACACAGCAAGCUUAUCUUUAUGGAAUGGGAGUUGUAAUAUGUGUUUUAUUAGGUUGUCUCACCAACCAUAUUUUCUUCUUUAAUGUCCAGCGACUGGGAAUGCAAAUACGCAUUGCCUGUUGUUCUCUGAUGUUUAAAAAGAUGUUGAUUCUUGAUAAUGCGUCUUUAAACAAAACAACAACUGGUCAGAUUGUUAAUCUUAUGUCAAAUGACGUGAACAGAUUUGAUCAAGUUUUACUUUAUACUCAUUUCUUCAUUAUUGGACCACCACAGACAGUUGCAAUCAUAAUCAUUCUCUGGUAUAUUCUUGGACCUGUUUGCUUGCUUGGAUUCCUUGUUCUUAUAGUUAUCAUUCCACUUCAAGUUUGGAUGGGGAAAUUAGUCUCGAAAUACAGGUGUAAAACAGCUAUCUUCACUGAUCAGAGGAUGGCGCUGAUGAAUGAGAUAAUUGCUGGAAUGAGAAUUCUGAAAUUGUAUUGUUGGGAAAUACCCUAUGGAAAAUUGGUCAGAGACGUUCGAAGGCAUGAACUACAUAAAGUCUGGUUAUGCAAAGUAAUGAGUGCUUUGCAUGCAUCUUGUUGGAACUUGCCACAGAUGAUGUUAUUUAUUGUGAUUGCUAGCAGUUCUCAACAGGAACAUGUUCUACUGCCUUACUAUCUUUAUAUUUAUAAACCUAUGCUUCAUCUGAUUGGAAGCAGUGUUUUAUCCUCAUUUUAUAAAUGUAUCCGCCUCUUUUGUGAAAUGCAAGUCAGUACGAUGCGGAUCCAGGAUUUUCUUGUUCUUGAAGAACUUCCAGCUGUACCAGCCAUCACCAAUGAAUGUUCUGACAACCAGGCUCCAAGUAUUGUCAUGAACAAUGUAUGUGCUAACUGGAACAAAGAAUCAAACUCAAACAACAUGAUUCUGGAUGAUAUUUCUGUUUCUUUAAAUGACAAUCAGUUGUUAGCAGUUGUUGGUCCAGUUGGAGCUGGAAAGUCUUCACUUCUAAUGUGUAUAUUACAUGAGCUACCUGUUUUAUCUGGGAAGUUAACAGUAAAUGGAACAGUUGGAUAUGUUGCUCAAAAACCAUGGGUGUUCUCAGCAUCACUCAGACAGAACAUAGUUUUUGGGAAGAAAUAUGAAGAGAAAAGAUAUAAAGGAAUUCUCAAAGCCUGUGCUCUUGAAAAGGAUCUGUCCAUCUUGCCAAAUGGUGACUUCACAUUGGUUGGUGAAAGAGGUAUUACUUUAAGUGGUGGCCAAAGAGCUCGUGUAAGUUUGGCACGAGCUCUUUAUAUGGAUGCUGAUAUUUAUAUUUUGGAUGAUCCAUUGAGUGCUGUAGAUACUAAUGUUGGCAGACACAUUUUCAAUAAUUGCAUCAAUGGAUACUUAAAAGACAAACCACGUAUUUUAGUGACCCAUCAAUUACAGUUUUUGCCAGAUGCUGACCACAUUAUAAUCCUUGACCAGGGAAAGCUUGUUGGAGAAGGUUCCUUUGAUAAGCUCUUGGAAUCAGGAGUCAAUUUUGCUGCAUUGCUGAAUAAGAAUAAUAAAGAAGACUCUGAAAAUAUACCAAAGUCUCUUUCUUACAUUGAUUUAAGGGAAACUUCAACAUCCAUGACAGACAUCUCAAACAGGAUUGGUUCCAUGUUGUCUUUAUGCUCAAUUGGGAAUGAAAUUGAGCCUGAGCCUGUACAAAUCAAGGCAGAAGCAUCUGAAACUGGACAUGUCAAAUUUAAUGUUUAUUAUGAAUAUCUAAAAGCUGGCGCACAUCUUAUCUUUGGGCUAUUUACUUUUAUUGCAUUCAUCCUCUCAGUUCUAUUCUGUGUUGCCACAGAUUUUUGGAUAGCCAUGUGGUCCAACAAGGAACAACUACGCUACGUUGCUUUACAAGAGCACAACAAACUGUUAGACGAUGGUUAUAAUAAUACAAAUGUUACAAUUGUAACAAUUGAUUUUAAACAAAACCUUUACAUUUAUUCAGCACUCACUUUAGGAAUAUUUCUAUUUAGUCUCUUGAAAGCUUUCAUGUUCUAUUGGAGCUGCAUUCAAUCUUCAGUAACACUACAUAAUUCUAUGUAUGACAGCUUAAUGCGUGCUAAAAUAGCCUUUUUUGAUGAAAACCCUGUUGGUCGUGUUCUAAAUCGCUUUUCCAAAGACAUAGGUCUCAUUGAUGAUAUUCUACCAAGUAGUAUUGUAGACUUCCUACAGUGUUUUUUCUUGACAUUGAGUGUUAUAUUUGUGACCGGAUCGACCAAUCCAUAUAUUUUCAUAGCAGCCUUUAUCAUAUUAGUGCUUUUUGUUUUUGUAAGACAAUACUAUAUUCAAACAUCAAGAAGUCUUAAAAGACUAGAAACUGUAGCUCGCAGCCCAGUCUUCUCACAUAUAAGUUCAUCUAUUGAAGGGCUUAACACUAUUAGAGCUUUUAAAUCACAACAGCAAUUUCUGACAGACUUUGAUGAUUUUCAAGACAUUCAUACAGAGGCUUGGUUUCUCUUCAUUGCUACUACAAGAUGGUUGUCAGUUCGACUUGAUCUUCUUUGUAGUCUUUUUAUAUUUGCUGUGAUCUUUGCAAGUAUCCCUUUGUCUGGCAGAUUAGAUGCUGGAACUGUUGGUUUGUCUGUGAGUUAUUCUUUUGUAUUAACUGGUAUGUUCCAGUGGUUCAUAAGACAGACAGUUGAUGUUGAAAACAAUAUUGUAGCUGUUGAACGUGUUAUUGAAUAUUCUAAAUUACCAACAGAAGCUAGCUUAGACUCAGAGCCUUCUCAGAAACCACCUGAUGACUGGCCCCAAAGAGGGGCUAUUUCAGCUCGAAAUUUAUCAUUGAAGUAUUCAGAAAAUGCAGAUUUUGUUUUGAAACAUCUUGACUUUAUGAUUGCAUCUCAAGAAAAGAUUGGAAUUGUUGGUCGAACUGGUGCUGGAAAAAGCUCUCUUAUCAAUGUUCUUUUCCGAUUGGUGGAACCUGAAGGAGAGAUAACUAUUGAUGAUAUACACAUCUGUAAUAUUGGAUUACGUGAUUUGAGAUGUAAACUGUCCAUUAUUCCUCAGGACCCAGUUUUAUUUAAAGGAACUUUGAAGCAAAACCUUGAUCCAUUUAAUGAAUAUGAUGAUCAUGAUUUAUGGAAAUCUCUUGAAGAUGUUCAGCUGAAAUCUAUGGUUGAUGAUAGUGCUGAAGGUCUAAAUUUUGAAGUUUGUGAAGGAGGAAGUAACUUAAGUGUUGGCCAAAGGCAGUUGGUAUGUCUGGCAAGAGCAGUCCUCCGAGAGAACAAAAUACUAAUUAUUGAUGAAGCAACUGCUAAUGUAGACUUAAGAACUGAUGCACUGAUUCAAAAUACAAUUCGAGAUAAAUUCAGGCAAUGUACUGUGUUGACAAUUGCACAUCGGCUUGUCACCAUUAUGGAUUCUGAUCGAGUUAUGGUCUUGGAAGAAGGACACAUUGUGCAAUUUGACAUGCCAUAUAACCUUCUCAAGUCUAAAGAGGGAUAUUUCUACGACAUGGUUCAACAGACUGGACCUUCUGAAAUAGAACAUUUAACAGCAAUAGCUGAAAGUGCCAUGAAUAAAAAAAAUGAGGAAAUAUCAACUUCAAAUAGCAUUCACAAGCGUUUUAAGUCUGAUGAAAUGAACGGAAGUGUUGCAUCAAUUACUAUUUAAAUAGUAUAGGUACACUGAAGAACAUUACAAAACCAAAGCAGCCUCUCAACAAUCCUAACCCACAAAAAAAUGAAAAAAAUGUUUCAAUGGAACUUAUGUUUUACAGACUAGAAAUUCAGAACUACUUUUUAAGAUAUUUUACUUCAACAUUUAACAUUCUAUAUUAAAUUUUAUAUCGAAAAUAUUUUUACAUGAAAAAAGAAAAGAAAAGAAAAAAAAAAAAUUACUUUGUAUUUGGAAGUAUUCUUUUAUUGUUUCAUAUAAAUAUAUCAUUAUCGAGAUAUUUCUCUAAGAUUUAGAUAACAAAAUUACAUUUAUGUGAAGAA